UUACUGACAGUAACCUCUAAUCCAAUCCCUGUGUGUCAGACUGUGAUCUCCAUGGAUCGGCUCAUUCUGCGACAAGACCGAGGGAAUGACAUUUCGCCGGGAUUUAGCUUGUCUUUCCCUCGGACUACUGGAGUUGGAAAUGCACAUAAAAGGAUUGAUCUAAUGUGAUGAAGUGAAAUUGCUGGAUAACUCCAAACAUGGCAGCUGUACACACAUUCAUUUUGUUUCAUAUUGUCUUCGGUUUUUUACACCAGGGUUUGGGUUUGAUUUCAGACUACAAAUUAUGUGGAGACCCCGAAUGUGAAAGCAUGAUAAGUCGUGUACAGGCACAAAGAGACCACAGUGCUAAAGACUGCCGCUUUCUAAACUUCAAAAAAGGAGAUAUAAUCACUGUUUACUACAAACUCACUGGAAAAAGAAAUGAUCUCUGGGCAGGAAGUAUAGAAAAGCUGUCUGGAUUGUUCCCAAAAGAUGCCAUCAAAGUUGAUCAACUGUUUAUUGAUACAAAAAAGGAAAUCCGGGUGCCAGCCCAGGAAUUUGACUUCAUCUGCUUUGAUGAAAAUGGUUUAGUGAUUGAGCACAGUACUGAAUUUGAUGAUCUGGAAGAUUUGUCACAAGAAACCCAUCUCAAUGAAGUCCAAGAUAAACCUACUGAAACAGAAGAGAGUGAACCCAGCCAGAUUUCUGUUCAAGAUGUUUCUGAUCUAAACAGCCCCAAGACAACACAAAAAGGUGGGUCUUCCUGGAUAGGCUCUGCUGUUAGUGGAUGGUUUGGCAGAAAUGAGCAAAGCAAUGAUGAGCCACAGGAUGAGAGCAGUGAAAAACCCUUCAAAAGCAGAAAAAUAGUGAUGGGUAUUGAGGAAAACCAUGUGGAGGAGAAGACGAACUCUGGAACUUUUGGCUGGAUCAGCGGUGAACCCACCAAUGCUUUUGGGUUUGGAAACAAGGAUCUAAAAACUGAUACUCGGGACAAUAUUGAGAACCCAACAAAUGAUGAAGAUACCUCAUCUCAGCAGUCUAGCUCCUGGAUAAGUAUGGGUAGAGAUGUCUUGGGCUUUGAUGAAGACAAUACUGAAGCUGCAACUAAACCUGAAGCUGAGAAAGCAGAUGAAGACACAAACACGGAGGACCAGAGCAUUCUUGACCCCAGUAAGAACAUGGAUAUGGUUAACAACAAACAGAGAGAUGAAAACAACCCAGACGACAGUGUGGAAAAUAAGGAUGGUCCCUUGGAGGACAGGGGAACAGAAAAUGAAAAAGAAAAGGAACAGGUGGGGUGGUACGGAAAUAUGUACAACAGAAUCACAAACCUUUACAGAGAAGAGCAAACUAAACAUUAUGAGGAUGAUGGAGGCAAAGACAGUUUGUCAGAAAGUCCUGGAUUUGCUACAAAUACUGAGAACGUUGAAACCAAAGAUUCAGAAUCAAGUUCACAGUCCAUAUUUUCAGUCAACGACCUGACAUCAAUGCUUAAGCUUCCUUUUCAGGCAGACACAGCAGUAAAAAGAGAUGAGGAAAAGACAGAAAAGGAAGAAGAUGCAGUUAAAAGUGAAAACAAUGCUGAUUUUUUUGAAGGAAAGGUGAAGCAAGAUACAAGAGAUGUCCAAAGCGAUGAGGAAAAGACAGGAAAGAAAGAAGAUCAAGAAGGAGCUGUAGAGAAAAACAUGAAAGAUGUGCAAAGUGAUAAGGAAAAGACAGUAAAGGAGAUACAUUCAGAGAUCAGAGAGGAUGACUGUGUUCAUGAAGCAUGUCUAGAUGUGAAUAAGAAUACACAAACCUACACAACAGAGGCUGAAAAUAAUCAAGUUACCGAAGACAGAUCUGAUAAAACUGACUCGGGCAAUCCUCAAAAUGAGCCAGUCUCUGAGGAAAAGGACCUUUCAGAGAACAGAGCUAAUGUGGAGGAUGCUCAGACUGUUGGGCAGGACAAAAGAAAGCAAGAGGAUUGGACAUCUGAAACCAAGAAAGCUUUCCAAAACCACGGUCUUAUUUCUGAGGAGCAUGUUGAAUCACAGAACGAUGAAUGGCAGUUUUAUCAGAUGGCAGUUUUUGUUGAAGUCACAAUUAAUGAAAUUGCAUCUAUAGUGGAAAAGGUUGUGUCUUCACUUCCUCAUGAUAUCCGGCCUGGUCCUGACUUAUAUGGACUGCCAUGGGAAGCUGUGGUUUUCACUGGAUUUUUAGGUUUAUUGACACUGCUUCUGUUCAGCUGCAGGUUCAUUCAGUCUGUCAGAAGUCGACUGUAUGCAAGUAAAGAGACGCAAAUGGCGCAGAAAGUGGCUGAACUGCUUGAUGAAAAGUGCAAAGUGCUGGAGACAUUCAGUGAGGUUAAACAGAAGUUUGACAAACUAGAGUCCACGCUACAGAACAAUGGCAUGUCUGCACAAGUUGCAGAAAAAGACAGUUUAGAGGUGGCAUCACAGAAACUUGAACAAUCAAAUGCACAAUUGAAAAAGGAAAUAGAGAGGCUGCAAGAAGAGCUGUCCCAACAAAACAAAGCAAGAAAACAGCAAGAGGAUCAGCUUGCUGAACUUGAGCAGAUUUUAAGAAAUUUAGAAGAGCAAGCUAAAGAACGAAAGUCCCAGUUAGAACAGGACAACACAACACUAAAGAUCCAUGAGAUCAACACAGAGCGACUGCAGAAAAACCUGCAGGCGGCCAAAGAGGAGCAUACAAUGUUGCUUGAGAGUAAAGAACAGCUGGUGCAAGAGGCAGAGGACUGGGGUGAACGUCUCGGUGAGCUGGAGGAGGAGAUGAAAAUGUGUGAAAAAUCUCAUACUGGCAUGCUGGAGGACUGCGCUAAUAAAGAUGAUCGCAUCCAGUCACUGACAGAGUGCCUUUUGAAGAUGCGAGAUUGGGAUUCUGAGGACGAGAGCUGCAUUGACGGCAGCACUAAUGCAGCUGGAGCUGAGAAUGGAGACAGUUCAGGUUUCCAUCAGAAGCAAAAAGUACAGAAACUUAUUGAAGCGGCCAAGAUGAGUGCAGACUUGAAGUCCAUGGAGGAGGACAAGAACAGAGUGUUCGCCAAACUCGCAGAUGAAAUUAAAGCCAAAGAAGAUCUCCAAGAGGGGAUCAAACAGCUUGAGGAGCAGAAGGAGGUGUUGGAAUCAGAGAGUGCCAGCUAUGCUAGUGAAAGCCAGAAACUCCAGCAGAAACUCCAGAUCAUGACUGAGAUGUACCAGGAGAAUGAACUCAAACUACACAGGAUGUUGACAGUGGAGGAGAAGGAACGCUUACAGAAGGAGGAGAAGCUCAACAAGGCAGGAAAGAAGAUUAGUUUUGCUGUAGGGGAGCUCAGCACCUACAGACAACGAGCCAAAGACCUAGAGGAAGAAAUGGAACGGACAUCACUCGCCUACAAGAAUCAGAUAACUUCUCAUGAGAAAAAGGCUCAUGAUAACUGGCUAGCUGCACGGGCAGCGGAUCGAGACCUGGCUGAUGUCAAGAGAGAAAACGCUCAUCUCCGCCAGAAGCUGACUGGUGCCCAAUUCAAGUGUGAGAUUCUUGAAAAGGAUCUACGCGAGGGCAGACCUUUAUUUAGAGGUGAAAGAUCUCCAUAUGGACCUUCUCCUCUUAGCCGACCCUCUUCAGAAACACGGGCCUUCCUGUCCCCUCCGACACUAAUGGACGGACCCCCUCGACUCUCACCUCAGUUUAUGGGUCCAGGCAGAGCAUCCCGUGGCGUGGUAGAGCCCCAUAGUGGUGGGCCAGACUUUGAGCGGAGUGGCCCUCACUCUGAUAGUGGCUCGUUGUCUCCCUCCUGGGACAGGGAACGCAGGGGCCCUCCUCCCCCUCCAGAUCCAGGUUUGCCCUAUAGGAGGCCUCCUCCAGGUCCAUAUCCUAUGGGUCCUUUGCCUCCUAGACCUCCACUUCCUCCUGAGCCAUACUUUGGUGACAAAUCAGAUUCAUCAUUUCUAAGAAACAGCUCAUCUAUCAUUGAGAAUGAGAGCAGAGAAGGUCUUCACUCGAUGCCUGGUGACAUGAGAUUGCCUCCUGAUCCUGAUUCGAGAAUGGGACCUCCUCCAGGCCCCUCUUUAAUAGGAAUGCCCCCAAUGAUGGACCCUAGGGACCGACACUUCCCACCCAGGGGCCCUUAUGGACCUCCGGAGUUCUUUUCCCCUCGUGGGCCUGGUGGUCCCCCCAUAGGCAUGCGAGGGCCACUUCCCCCGGGAAUGUUUCCCAGAGCUCCAAUGCCACUCCCUCAGCAUAUGGGCUAUUUACCACAGAGACAUUCGUCUGACAGCUUCCCCGCCGGACCUCCACCCAGACCCUCCCCACCCGGCAGCGAGCAGCCCCCCAACCAGUCGCCCUCUCCUCAUGAUGUCAUCUGAUCUCUCACGCUCUCUUCCUCCCAUGCAAACUGUUUCUGACUUCCUGUUGUUGUGCUCAGGGGGUGUUUCCUUUGAUAUGUAACCGCAGUAGCCUUGUGGUUAUCUCUUACUUUUUGUCUUACAGUAGUUGAAAGCGCAAGCAUGGCAAAGGGUGCAGCACAUGCCACUGGUUAAUAUUACGAAGAGCAAGGUGAUGUCUGUAUUUCAGGCACAGUGUAAAUGCGCAGCCUUUGUGAACCUGUAGGUAAAUUGUAAAGUCAACGAGACUGCCUUUUAACAGGAUUAUAGUUGCUCAGGUUUGUGUUGUUCUGAUGCUUUUUUUUUUAAUUGAAGGUAGAUGAUAAAAGGUCCUCAUAUUUGUCAGACUGUGUAUAUUUAUAUAGAAAUUCUACUACGUAUAUAUUGUGAAUAGGAUGCUGUUGAAACAAGACUUUGGUAACUAACUUGACAAAUCCAACACCUCAGUCCAGAGAACCGUCCAUGUAGCGGAUAUAUUUAUAGUUUCCUCUAAUAACAACUCAUGCCUUAAAAAUAAGUGGUCUGAUGAAAUUAUGUACAUUAAUAAUAAAGAUGUCAUUUGAAAAAUA